AUAACUUUGAGCUUGUUGUGUAAUCUUGCUUAGAUAUGUGCGGUGUCCUUCAAUUUCAAUUUUUCAACUUGAUGUGAUUUGCUCAAUAUUUAGUGUUUUACUCUCCAUCAUGACAAGUUUAAAAGUGUUUCAUAGAAACUUUUGGUCAAAGCCAUUUUUAUCUAAUUCUCUGUUCAAAGUUUCAACCAAAACCUUGCAUGGCUCAGCACAGCUCAAAAGUCUCACCUUUAAAACUCUCCCUGGUAGCUCUGUAACACCUAAUAUCUGCUUAAACUUUUUAAGGUUUAAAACUGAAAAAAUCAAAACCAAUGUUUGCUGGAAAUGUGGUAUUGAUGUAAGUAGCGUAUUUUUUUGUGACAAGUGCCACCACCUGCAGAAACCAAACCUGAAACAAAACUACUUUGAACUAUUUGGCGUUCCCCUUAGUUUUGAAAUUGCAACCAAAGACUUAACGCAGAGGUACAGGAAGAUUCUAAAUGAGCUUCAUCCAGAUCGAUUCUCAUCUAAAGAGGAGGAUGAGCAGGUAUUAUCGGAGGAGUACUCAUCUUUAGUCAAUAAGGCAUAUGCAACCCUCUUAAAUCCUCUUGACAGGGGUCUAUAUCUUCUCAAUUUGGAGGGAAUAUCAAUUGAAGAGGAAGCUGUCACAAUGGAUGCAGAAAUGCUGAUGUAUAUCAUGGAAAAGAAUGAGGAAGUUGAAGAGGCUGAUUCUGAACAAGCUUUCUCAGAACUUAGAGAUGGUAUUCAGAAGGAUAUGGACAGACUGAUCAAGCAGACAAACGAAGCGUACAUGGCAAAAGAUUUCCACAAAAUGAAAUUAGUACUCAGCAAAAUGAAGUAUUACGAAAGCCUCCUGAUGAAGAUCAAAGAAAGGAAGCAGCAAUUGAACAUACCCAAUUAGUCUUUCUAUUUCCCGAGUCAAUCGACUGAACUUGCUUUGCACUUGGACAGUGUGGGGGCUGACCCCUCUUUUUCGAUCUUACCGUGUCAGUCUGUCAGUAUGAUUAGAGGUAUGAUCUCAAAGUGGUAGGUAUUGUGAGGGAAAUCAUGUCAAAGAGGAGAAGGGAAGGAAAUCUGGAAAGGAAGAGGGAGAGGUGAUGGGCAGAGAUGCAAAAUGUCAUAAAACUUUACAAGUAAUAUGAAAUUUCGUGAAAUUUUUCAAAAAUUCUGCAAUGGACUCAGUCUGUCAUGGAGAGUUUGGAAUCACCAAAAUCUUAUUUUUAAAAUUUUGAAAAAGACAAAAAAAUUGAGUGAAAUUUUGAUGUUUCUGAUCGAAUUCUUGGAUAAUUGUUGGGUGUCGCAUACACAGACCCCAAGAAAUUGUUGAAAUUUCAUUUUUCAGCUAAAUAAAAGUUAAUUUUGCAUCUCUGGUAAAGGGCUUGCUAACUGCAAUAAUUUUUCAAUGGAAAUAUUGAACACCUACAAUCAAAGCAGAGGGAUACCCGUCCCUUCUGAGUUUUCAAGUGAAGAUGAAUUAAGUCAGUAGAGCUCAUUAUUUGUUUAAUAUUUGAGGUUUCAUUAGCCAUAACAUGCAAGUGAGUCCAAAAUACCUCCAAGAAUAAUAUGAAUACACAUCUGAGAGGUACCUACGUAUCAAUAAGUUUGCAAGGGUAAUUCAAAGUACCCGGGAAGGGAUCACCAACGUUCAGAGAUACAAAAUGAAAUAACAUAUGUGCCAUUAGUUUUCCUGUGCAGAUAAAUGUUUUUAUGUUUGAGCCAGAAAUUGUUAAGUGCAGUCCUAUUAUGCAUUUUAAUGAUGGGUCCCAUUAUUGUCUUGUUCACUUUCUUUUACACCAAAUUACACCAUACAUUGCAAAAUAUUAAAGAGAAUUCAAAAACUUA